AUGAAUAACUUAAAUGACCCCCCAAAUUGGAAUAUCCGGCCUAACUCCCGGGCUGAAGGGGGUGAUGGAAGCAGAUGGAAUUAUGCCCUGUUGGUUCCGAUGUUGGGAUUGGCCGCUUUCCGUUGGAUUUGGUCUAGGGAGUCCCAGAAAGAAAUAGAGAAGGAGAGAGAAGCAUUUCGUCAGAGAACAGCCGCUUUCCAGCGGGAUCUCGAGGCCAAGUACCACACCCUGAUCUCAGAGAACCGCCGGGCCGUUGCCCAGCUGUCCUUGGAGCUUGAAAAGGAACAAAACAGAACCACUAGCUACCGGGAAGCCCUCAUCUCUCAGGGCCGCAAGAUGGUGGAAGAAAAGAAGCUUCUGGAACAGGAGCGGGCUCGGGUCAUGCAGGCAAAGAGGCACCCCUUGCGAAGUGCUUACCAGAGCUGCCUGGAGAGGGAGGAGGACUGGCAGAGGCGAGCCAGGCUCCUGCUGAAGGAGUUUGAGGAUGCCCUGACGGAGAGGCAGAACAUCUACUGCAGCCUGGUCCUCCCACGCAGCAAGCGGCUUGCCAUCGAGAAGAGCCUGCUGGUCCGUGCGUCUGUCGACCCGGUCGCAGCUGACCUGGAGAUGGUGCCUGGCCUGACUGACAUAUUCAGACACGACACACACUGUGGGGACAUGUGGAACACCAACCGGCGCCACAACGGGAAGCUCAUGUGGCUGUACCUCAAGUACUGGGAGCUGACUGUGCAGCUGAAAGCGUUUCAGAGAGUAGAGAAAGCCAUACUGGAAGAGUGA